AUCUCCUUCAAUGGCAAAAACCGUUGUCCCUAGCAGAUAUUUUAAUAACCAAUAUUCAGGGAGACCUAAAAUGAGUUGCAAAGAUAUCAACGGUACCAAACGACGCCGAUAUGAAAGCAGUACAUCAGAGGCUUCUCGCAUGUCUACUAAUACACAAAUGACAGAUCUCUCCUUAGGAUCUUCUCAAGACGACAAUAACGUCUUAAUGACAGACGCGAAAGUGUCAUCUCCGACACAAACAACGCUAAAUUGUUUGAGUUACCAAUAGUGGAUAGGCAAAGUAAUAUGAACAAUGACGCACGAGCAAAAAGGAUUGCUAUGCGGAAAACAUAUGGACAGCAGGGUAGUUUUUUCUAAUGAUGAAACUGAUGGGCCAAGUGAAGAAACUCGAGACCAUGAUUAUCCGUUUGAGAACGGACAUCGUGAAUUCAUAACUAAACCCAAACCCCUAUAUCCAAGACAGAGGUAUGCUAGUUAUACCGAAGGGAGCAUCAACACAGACCAUCACCCGGAUGAGGAACCGCUAUUGCACCAUAGUGUGACGGUCCCGUAUCAGAUGCAACCACACGAGUGCACAUGUUGCGAGAGACAGCAACAAUUAGCUCAACAACAAUAUGUGCGACAAUACGACCAACAGCAAACAUACACAAAGUCUCCAAGUGUGAGAUCCCUACCAGACAGUUACAUUCACAAUGUUCGAAUGAACAAUCAAAUGAAUCCCCAAAGAAGGAAUUCCGGUGUCCCGAUAGACACGGUUGUCACUUUGAAAGAGACGGGUGAUGGAACAUAUCUUCACCCGGUGUGUCGAAUGCCAAACGUCCGCUCUCCAAGGAGUCAUUCUUUUGAUAUAUUGGACACUAUCCCUAGCGGUGACAGUGCUGGUUCAACUUUAGAAAAUAGACCAUUGCCUCUAAGGCCUGUUGUUGACCCCUCUGAUCAGCGUCUUAGGUGUCGCUUACUACGAACCUGUAAAAGAAAAUACCCAAGCGCUUGUAUUGCCUUCAGUCUCUAGCAAGGGGUCAUCUGACUCCAGCAGGUCUAGGAAAUGUUUGAGCUGUAACAAGUUCCUUCUCCUGGUAAUUCUGAACGCUUUGUUGAUCCUGGUGAUCAUAUCUGCAGUGCCUUUCUAUUUAUUUGUGGUGGUUGGCGGUCAACCGAUACAAGAAGGGCCACAACAAACGUCUUUACAAUUCCAACAACAGCAUAGGAGCCAGAAUUGUAUCCAAUGCAGCGUCCUCACAAGGUUUUAUAACAUCGAAGACAUUAAAACGGAAUGGGCAACCGAAAACGGAACUUUGUGUUGUCUGAAGGCAGAGAUCAGCAUUGUGGAAUUCAUGUUUAAGACGAGAAUGCUGCAGACAUCUGACGUUACAGUUCCGGAUGACGAGAAUAAUCACGGUCGUCCAAUUAUUCAACUCCAGUCAAGGGACUUAGAGGGCAGGUUUGUACGCUGGCAUGCUGAGAAUGGAGAUCAGACCUUCAGGCGACCAGGCUUAAGAUUACUCGACGAUCGUAAGAUAAAGUUUGAGAAAGAUGGAUACUUUUUCGUCUCGACCAAACUCGCGUUCAACGCCAGCGAUCAGGGUAUUAUCCGGGCGCAAUUUACUGUCAUGGUCAAAGAAGAAACAGACAAAUACUUUAAGCCAUUUUGUGAACAAAACGAAACGCUGUCCAACCAAUAUGGGGGAAGGUACGUUAGCGAUUGCAACUUUGUACACCAUUUUACCAGCGGUAGUCUUAUAUACGUACAACUUGAUCAUGUUGAAGGGAUGCAGAAAAAUGACGGAAAAAUCAUGAUAUUCUAUCUAGGCUUAUAGUCCUCGCCGGUGGGAUUAAUAGUGACAUAACUUGAAGCUGUCAACAUGCGUAUUUAAGGGUGUGUUUUUUUUACAGCCACGUUCAAUGUUUAAUGCACUGUAUACGAACACAAGGCCUGUAGGACCUGCAAUAAGGUGUUGAUGUAUGCAAUACAAAUAUUGUCCCGUUGGAUUGGUCUCGGAAAAUAACACUUUAAAUAUCUACAUAGUAAAGACCACACAAUUGUAGGUGUACGUUAGCCUUACCGAAAAGAAGAAUUAAUUUCAAAAGGCAAUUUUGAUAGCUAUUGUUGUGCCAUUUCUCAGGAUAUGCAUCUAUGACGCUGUUGCGCAUAAAGUUCAUAAAGGGAGUCAAACAUUGUGUGUGAGGUAAGAGCAGGCAAAGCACUAGCCAGUGUACAUGUUCCACACAGUGACUGUUUGGUUUCUUAAGUGGUAACAGGUGUUACCAUGUUGCCAUGGCCACUGCCCUAUUCGGCAUUUAGAUAAUGGCGCAUCCGUUGUUUAAAUAAAAUGGCAAAAUUAAAGUGGAAACUUUGCACAUACAUGGAUUUACUUGGAUUUAAAAUUGUCGGUAUUUUUAAACAUAUGUUGUUGUCCAUUCUAACGUGAACAAUGUCAAAUUUGUCUCAAAGACGUGAUUGUGUGUAAAUAUGUAAUAUAUAUUAUGAUAAAAUGCAUAAGCGAACAAGUUUCAAUGGAAAAGUGUGUAUAUGUUAUGUUAUAUUUAUAUAAAUUUAUUAUAUUUUUCAAUUGAAAUAUUGUUAUAUUCAUGUAUAUUUCGGAUGAAAUGAUGGUUAAGUAUUAAUUUAAGUAAUUGCUCCAAUAUCCUAUAGUUGUUUGCCCAAAUAUUGCAGUAAAAGGAUGACAAAUUAUAAAUUGAAGAAAAACAUAAUAAAGCAUUUUUUUAAUUGUGUUAAUGCAAACAGUGAUGGGUCAAUAUUGCUGCUUAAUAUUUGUCAGAUUAUGCUCUUAAAUGCAGUUGCUCAAAACAAACACAUACUUUUUGUACUCAUCAUUUUUUUUAAUCAAGUCAGCUGUAAAUUUGCUCAAAUGUAGAUGUUCACGUAUACAACUUUACCUUUCAACACUCGCUCACCAGUCAGUUUGUGUUAUAUGUUAAGAAAAAACGUCCAGAUAUCGUCAUUUAGUGCAUGUUAAAAUGUUUUGUACUGCUUAUCUGACAGUUAAUUUAGACAAUUAGUGCUAAAAAUGAUUUAAUGUAUAUCUGUAUAUGUAAAUGUUAACCCAUUUAUGCCUAGCGUCUAGAAAAAAAGGCCUUGGCAAACAGCGUAGACCCAGAUGAGACGCCGCAUGAUGCGGCGUCUCAUCAGGGUCUGCGCUGUUUGCUUAAAUGAAUUUAUGUAAGAAAUAUUCUAAAUAUUGAAAUAAAUAUACUAGACAUCCCUAAUUUUGGAAAUAAAUUGAUCCAGACUAGAAGGAUUGGAGAGUCCACUAGGCAUGAAUGGGUUAAUGUAUAUCUGUAUAUGUAAAUGUUCACAAUGAAACCCAACAAGUGGGUUAAAUAUUGUAGUGAUCUCAUGUACUGUUUACGGCAGUGACGUUUAUUUGCAUAAUCUGCAAGGUGUGAUGUUAUGCAACAUAAUACGAUUUCGCCUUUAAGAAAGAUUGGUUGUGUCUGUAUUGUAUACGCAUAUACAUUAUUAGACAUAUAUCAUAAAUGUGUAGAGUU